AUGUCGGGAUUCAACGUAGCCUCUCAUUCUCCUUGUCAAACUAAUCGAUUCGAAACUCUCAUCCGACACAUUGAACUUCUAUCCGAAUCCAUUAUGCGAGAUGUGCGAAUCGAUUUGUCGUUAGACCAGCUCGAGGGCCGAGAGCACGUGAUGUUCACACAGACCAAGAGUAUUGUGAAAAUCGUGGAAAAAUUACGAGAACUAUUUCAAAUUACCCAAACGCCGAAGUUAAUUGACUAUCUGAACGAGUCCUACCCAGAUCAAUGGAGUCCGAGCUUCCUAUUGAAGAAUAUCGAAACGUCCUGUAGUCAGGCCAAUCACGUACGAAUGAAUUUGAUCGAUUUGAUCGAUCGCUUGCCCAAAUUCGUGCGAGAUGUACAAAACACAUUGUAUCACACGUUAACCGGACAUUCUACCACAUUAGUGCGGCAAUGGAUCGAUGCCAAGGCCCUGAAAGCUGUCCAGGAUAAAAGACAUCUACUGAACCAGUCCAAGUUACAACUGGAUCAAUUGCGUAGUCGACUGGAACGAAAUAUGAACACAGAUUUGCAGUUAAUUCGCUUUCGAAGACGAGAGAGCAGCGAACGACUUUAUCCACAAGUGAAUGUCUAUCCCCUUUCCACACUGAAUUUUCCGACAGUGGUAUCACGAACGUAG